AUCUCAAAACGCUUAUUCGAUACGUUUCUCACUAAACACACAUAAGUCAGCAUGUCUGAAUACACGCCAAUUGAGCUGGAUGUGUCGAAUAACAGAGGACCCGCAUACACAGAUACUGCCACUGGAAAUAUGGGAACCGCUCCAUCUAAUACCAGUGAAUGGACGUGGGCUCAGAAACUCAAGGAAUCAUCUCACCCGGUAGCCUUGUUAGCAUUUUUGUUCUUCAGAAUAGCUCCAAUGUUUGUCUAUAUAUUUGGGAAUUUUUUCAUUGGGUUCAUCACCAAAAAGAACCGGUUCAUUUUGCAUUUCAUUGUAUUGAUAUUGCUUGUGACAGCCGAUUUCUGGAACUUAAAGAACAUUUCGGGGAGGCUAUUGGUAGGUUUAAGAUGGUGGAACGAAGUGAGCCAAACGUCCCCAACUUCUGGAGAAUUUGAAAACGUAUGGGUGUUUGAGACAGCCGACCCCAAUAGAUAUAUUAAUCCUAUCGAUUCCAAAGUUUUCUGGUUCUUGUUGUACGGGCAACCGGUUGGAUGGCUAUUAUUGGGAGUAUUAGCGAUCUUAAAGCUUGAAUUCUUAUAUUUAAUCUUGAUCAUCAUUACUAUAACAUUAUCAUUAACGAAUGCCGUGGCCUUCACCAGAUGUGACAAAUUCGGCAACGCCAACAAUGUUGCCACCAGUAUCUUUUCAAAAGCAGCUGGGUCUUUUGUUUCCAGGUUUAAUCCCUUUGGCUAAUGCCUGAAGAUGCUCCGAAGUCUCUUCAUAUGGGUACUGCCAUUUUCUAAACUAGUCGGGUUAUAUUCAAUGUACACUAUUCCAUCACCAUUAUAGAUCAGUGACUCGUCAAGGUCUGUGUAAGUCUUCCUCGUCUUUAUCACCCCUUCACUAACUCUUUUAUCGAAUUCACUUUGGUAUAGAUUGAUAUUCAGACUCCCCAUUACAAGUGUUGGUGGGUCAUCAUGGUGACUAGAAGAUCGUUUUAUAUCCCGUUGGCCGUCAGCAAGAUCA